AUGAACACGCGUCCGCGCGAUAUCUGCACGGCUGCCUUUGAGGGCGACACGGCCCGCGUGGAGCAGCUUGUGACGGCGGCUGGCGUGUACAGCGGACGGCGGCACUCACCGUUUGCCGUCGACACGAGUGCUGCGGCGCGCGACGCGCUUGCUCAUUGGGAGGGCGUCGGCGACAAUCAGGAUAAUGAAGGUUAUGGCGGCGCCGAGGAAGAUAUAGAGGAGAUGCUUAGUGGAGAAGAAAUGGCGAAGCUGAUGGCGCACCCGGCCCUGUGUGGCAUCGUGAAGGCCUACAGUCUCGAUAGGCAAGCCCUCGGCGGCGCCGCCGAGGACAGCGAGGCCGCCAGUGGCGAGGAGGGCGCGGAUGCAUACACACAAGACGAUAAUGCCGCGCUACUUGACGAGGAAGUCGAGGAGGCGGCGGAGGAAGAUCGGCAGGCGCAACAGGGAGACAUCCUCCUCUACAAGCGUCUGCUUGCCCACCAACUGCACCGCAACAGCGUCGCCGAGCACAUUCAGCAGCACGGGCUGCUUCGCAUGAGCACAACGCCGCCGGUGGACAUGACCCUGUACGGUAUUCUCUUCUCCUGUCGCGAGGUGCCGACGGCUGCUGGUGGUGCAGCGGUGUCAGAGGAGAGCUCAGUGCCUCUGCAAGUGCGUUGGCAGCCGAGCAAGCGCAGCCGCUACGCUGGUACACCUCUCCACUGGGCUGUCCUUGCCCACGCGCACGACACGGUGCGCUUCCUCGUGAAGCACGGCGCUGACUGCACUGCGGGGCUAAAGGCAGUCACGAACGACGGCGAGGCGCCAGAUGUGCAGCUUGCGAGGUGCGAUCAGAGGGUGCUGGCGUCGCUGACGCCUGCGCGUAUGGCCGCUGACAACGAGUCGCACGGCACACUGGAGGUGCUGGAGAGGGCCGUGGCGGCGCACGAAGCGAGGCGCGCGGACGAAGAGGCAUUCUUCAUUAUGUUAGAGAAACGUCUGCAGCGGCGCAGGGAGGAGUACCUGCGCCGCUUCGAGGAAGCGCGCGCGCACCGACUGCGUGAAGCGGAGGAGGCGAGGCGCGCGGAGGCGGAAGAAGCCGAGGGGGCCGAGGAGAGCAAUUUGUCCGGUGAAGACGACGAGGACGGCAGCGGCAGUGAAAACAUGGACGCUGGCGAAGAGGACGAGGAGGCGGACGGCUGA